AUGGAUAAGGUUACCGCUCUGAGCUUCGCACUUAGUGCGUUGCCGUUGAUUGCUGGCGUGCCAGUUGGUCUAUACUCACCACCCUCAGGUCUCGCAGCCAACACCGGUCCAGGUGGAGCAGCCACAGGCGCCGGCGGCGUCGGCGGCCUUCUCGGCGGUGUAAACAGCGAUGGACGAGGUGGUCUUGGUGGAUUGUUGGGCGGUUUCCAAGGCGGGUUUCAGAGCGGAGGGUAUAAUCAGUUUGGACAACCUAGUGGAGGUGCGGCGACGGGCGCGGGUGGUGUAGGUGGGUUGUUGGGUGGUGUGAAUGGGGAUGGGCGUGGGGGAGUUGGGGGGUUGCUUGGAGGGUUCCAGGGUGGGUAUCAAGGAAGCAAGAGAGAUUUGGAAGAGAGACAGUCUGGUGCUGCGAGUGGUGCUGGUGGGAUUGGGGGACUGUUGGGGGGUGGUGGAUAUCAAGGUGGUGCGAAUGGUAAUGGAAUUGGUGCUAAUGCCGGUGCUGCUACCGGAGCGGGUGGUGUAGGUGGAUUGCUUGGUGGUGUGACGAGUGAUGCGAGAGGAGGCAUUGGUGGUCUUUUGGGAGGUUUCCAAGGUGGUUUCCAAGGGAAAAGGGAGUUGAGCAAGAGACAAUCUGGCGCUGCGACUGGAGCUGGUGGGUUAGGUGGUCUUCUUGGAGGUGUCACUGGUGAUGGAAGGGGAGGGUUAGGUGGACUCCUGGGUGGCUUCCAAGGAGGAUUUCAAGGUGGUUCGAGCCAAAACGGACUCAGCGCUAAUGGAGGAGCGGCCACUGGAGCUGGUGGUGUAGGUGGCUUACUCGGAGGUGUCAAUGGCGAUGGCAGAGGUGGCGUGGGAGGUCUUCUUGGAGGUUUCCAGGGCGGUUUCCAAGGCCCACAGUCUGCUGUUGUUGGACUUCCAGUCUCUGGAGGUGCUCAGACAGGAGCUGGAUAUACACCCGGAACCGGUGCCGGUCUUCCAACUACCGGCGGUUCAGUCGGAGCAGGCACCUCUUCAGGAGGAGGUCUUCCAAUUGUUGGUCCAAUUGUAGGAGGAAUUACUGGAGGUAGUGGUGGCGGUCUUCCAAUCGUCGGUGGACUUCCUAUUGUAGGGGGUCUAGUUGGUGGACCAUCUGCUGGAGGCUCCGCGUCUGUCAACCCAGGUGUUGGCGCUCCAUCAGUCGGAGCAGGUGUUGGUUAUACCCCCCCAAGUGGUUCUCUACCAGGGCAACCCAUUACAGGCGGCGGCCUCCCAACAUCUCCAGGCUCAGGCAGCGGUGGUAUCCCAACCUCUCCAGGCUCAGGUAGUGGUGGUCUCCCAACCGGCCCAACCCAAGUAAGCGGUUACAACCCAUCCAACCCAACAUUCGGCUCCAACCCACCACCCACCAACCCAUCCACAGGAGUAGCAGAUAUCAUCCCACCCUUCCCCCCAGCCGCCGUCAACGUCGGCGCCAGCGGCGGCACUACCGUCACUCCCCUACCAACCCAAUACAACAAGAAGACACCCAAGCGCGACGCUCCUACGCUCGACAGUCUAGUCACUCUCUGCGACUCGCUUGCCGCCAAACACCCAGAGAUGUCGAGUGGAUGCUCGGUAUUGAAGCGAGUCGCUUCCAGUUCUGCGAUUGAGAGUUCGCCACCUACUCCGGGACAACUUAAGCAGUUGGAGAAGAUCUUGGAGGGUAUCGCUGCUGCGUUUGCUAAGAGUGAGGAGGCUGGUGCUUAA